AUGGCUUCUACUUCCAAGCUCUCCAUUCUCAUUGCUAUCACUCUUGCUUUGAGCAUGGCAUCCAUGGCCGUUUGUCGACCGUUGGAUUUGUCCACCACCCCAACCCUCAAGGCUCAUUCAAAACUGGAUGGUGAUUCAACAUUAAUGUGCUGGAACUCUUUGCUUCAGCUCCAAGCAUGCACAGGAGAUAUUCUUCUCUUUUUCCUUCACGGAGAGAUCACUAAUAUCGGCGCCAGCUGUUGCCAAGCUGUUCGAGUCAUCGGACACCAAUGUUUGCCGGAAAUGUUUCGCUUACUUGGGCUUACCAAUGAAGAGGGUCUUGUACUAGAGGGAUACUGUGAUCGUGACGCCGCCCAUUCCCCUCCUCCAUCGCCAUUGUCACUGUCCCCGCUAUCACCGCUAUCGCCGCCAUCGUCAACAAUCUGCUGGGACUCUUUGCUUGAGCUCCAAGCAUGCACCGGAGAGGUUGUAAUGUUUCUCCUCAACGGAAAGACUUAUUUAGGCCCCAAUUGUUGCCAAGCCAUCCGAGCCAUCGAACACCAAUGCUGGCCAGAAAUGUUUCGUUCACUAGGGUUUACCAUUGAAGAGGGUGAUAUACUCCAAGGAUACUGUGAGGCAGCUGCCCAUUCGCCGCUAUCACUGCUAUCAUCACCGUCGCUGCUAUCGCCACCGCCGGUUAACUUGGUUCCUUAA